AAAUCACCUCCGAGCAUGGACUAUCGGACCCCAUCCAGAACCGCAAGGGAUUCUCGUUCAGAGUACAACAACCCUACUUCUUUUUCUGAAAUCAUAUCUACCCUUGUGUCUCCCAAAUCCUUUCUUUUCAGUAACCAACGCCCAAAAGCCUCGACCCAACAGACUUCCGUCGCAACCAGAGGUACAAUCUCUUCUCAGACGAUGGAUAAGGCGCAGCAACCCAGCUCUUUCCAGCAGCUGGAAAAGCUGGGUGAGGGUACAUAUGCUACCGUUUUUAAAGGACGAAACCGCCAGACCGGCGAGCUGGUGGCGUUGAAAGAGAUUCACCUUGAUUCGGAGGAAGGAACACCAUCGACAGCCAUUCGAGAGAUCUCGUUGAUGAAGGAAUUGAAGCAUGAGAGUAUUGUCUCACUUUAUGAUGUGAUUCAUACGGAGAACAAGCUCAUGCUUGUGUUCGAGUAUAUGGAUAAGGAUCUGAAGAAGUACAUGGAUACGCGAGGCGACCGAGGCCAGCUGGACCACGCCACGAUCAAGUCAUUCAUGCACCAGCUCCUCAAGGGCAUCGCCUUUUGUCAUGAGAAUCGGGUUCUCCAUCGAGACCUCAAGCCUCAGAAUCUCCUCAUUAAUAAGAAGGGUCAGCUCAAGUUGGGCGACUUCGGCCUGGCCCGUGCUUUUGGCAUCCCUGUCAACACCUUCUCCAACGAAGUGGUGACACUGUGGUAUCGUGCUCCGGACGUGCUGUUGGGCAGCAGAACGUAUAACACGAGCAUUGAUAUCUGGUCGGCGGGAUGCAUCAUGGCAGAAUUGUAUACCGGCCGGCCUCUGUUCCCCGGGACGACCAACGAGGAUCAACUGCAGAAGAUCUUCCGUCUGAUGGGCACACCUUCGGAGCGUUCGUGGCCCGGCAUCUCACAGCUACCGGAGUACAAACCGAAUUUCCACGUCUAUGCGACACAAGAUCUGGGACUUAUUCUGCCUCAGAUUGACCCCCUCGGGCUCGAUCUGCUGAAUCGAAUGCUUCAAUUACGGCCAGAGAUGCGCAUUAGUGCCGCGGACGCACUGCAGCAUCCUUGGUUCCAUGACCUACCUCAAUUACAGGCUCAGUUGCAGCAGCAACAACAACAACAGCAACAAGUAGCUGGAGGUUACGGAGGGAUGGUCCCACCACAGCAGGCAUACUAAAUGUGGCAGGGAAACACCCGAUCAAAUCGUCUCCUCUUACCUCUUUUUACCCCUGCUGAAUUCAUGUUUCCAAAGUGGGCACAAUGAGAUGCUGGUUAUAGGUUCACAUGCGGGAGCGUGGCGUUAUACCCGAAGAAGGACAUCAGUGCUAAUAUUGGCAGCUUUUGACGUUUUGAUAGCAUGUUUGGCUUUUGCAAAAGACAAAGGUAGUUGACUUGUAGGGCAUUGUGAAUAGCGUUUUGUGUUCUAUUUAAAGCUUUACCAACUUUCAAGUACUGUACUAACUGGUGUCUUUGAAGCGCCAGUAAACAGAUACGCUUAUUUUUGCUCCGAGGCGUUAUUGAUACGUAGACGUCGCAAAGCGCAAGCUGAAGAAAGAGGCCGCUAUGACCGGACAGCUGGGUGGUUUUUGAUAGCUUCGAAGUUUCGCCAACUCCUUGCAUGAUUAAGAGAAUCUGGUU